AUCAGCUGUUGCUGCUGCUUCUUCUUCUUCCUACCAACACAUUUCGCUUUGCAUAACAGUUUGAAUCAAUUGUUUAGUAAAAAUAAAUCAAUUAAAAUGUCGAAGGCAGCGGGUAAGCUGAAGUCCCUGAAGAAGACGGUGGAACGUGUGACGCACACGAGCAAACUGAAGACGAAUAUACCUGCGGGAAUGGCUGCUGCAGGUCCGCCAUUGGGACCGAUGUUGGGACAGAGAGCGAUUAAUAUUGCCGCCUUUUGCAAGGACUUCAAUGCCAAGACCGCGGAAAUGAAAGAGGGCGUACCGCUGCCGUGCAGGAUUUCCGUAAACAGCGAUCGCAGCUACGACUUGGUUAUCCACCAUCCGCCGGCCACAUUUUUCCUGAAGCAAGCGGCGGGCAUACAAAGAGGCACCAUGACUCCUGGCAAGGAGGUUGCCGGUAUGAUCACCCUCAAGCAUUUGUACGAGAUUGCAGCCAUUAAGAUUCAGGACCCGCCCAAUGUACUUCUUACCAUGCAGCAAAUGUGUGAGAUGCUCAUCAGCAUUGCCCGGACCUGUGGCAUAAAAGUGGUCAGGGAAAUAGAUCCUGCGGCCUAUGGCGAGUUCCUGGAGGAGCGCAAGCUAAUUGUGGAGCAGCAACGGCGCGAGUUGCAGGAGAAGCGGGAAGCAAAGAUGUUGCGCACGGGCUAGGCUUGCUUAUUUGCACUGUGCUUUUAAUUGUUUAAAAUACAUUUAUACUUAAAGCGUAA